AUGGGAUGUGCAGUUUGUCCUGACAUCACUGGUGCUUGCUAUGUAACCUGCAACUUCGACAGAGAGGCUGUGAUCAACCCGGAGACGGGGGAACUGAUCCAGAGCUGGUACCAUGGUGGCGAGACAUGGGACAGCAAGUUCUCCACCAUCGCAUCGAGCUACGAGGAGUGUCGGGCCGAGUGUGUGGGGCUCUACCUCUGUCUCAACAAGGACGUGCUCCGGAUUUUUGAGCUGGAAGGUGAGGAUGCGGAAGACGUGAUCUACAUCAACUGGCUGAACAUGGUGCGGGCCGGGCUGCUAGGGCUGGAGUUCUACACCCCUGAGACCGGCACCUGGCGCCAGGCUCACAUGCAGGCACGCUUCGUGAUCCUGCGGGUGCUGCUGGAGGCGGGCGAGGGGCUGGUGUCGCUGCAACACACCACAGGUGCUGACGGCAAACCCGAUGCACUCAUCACUCUUGACCGCAACAAGAUCCUGCCCGUGGGGAAGCCGGCCAUCGAGCGGUUCCUGCGAAGGCUGCAGGUGCUGAAGUCGACGGCGGAUGUGGCGGGGGGCCGGGCGCUCUACGGGGGUUUCUCAGCCAUGACAAAUGAGGGGCCUGAGCGUUUCCUGAGCCUGCGUGACACUGUGCUGCUACGCAAGGAGGCACGCAAGAUGUUUGUGCAAGCCAACACCCGCCUGGAAGGCGAGGAUGUGACCCUGGUGCAGUACGAGGGUACCGCAGCCGGACUGAUCCGCUCCUUCUCCGAGCGAUUCCCUGAGGAUGCUGAGCUCUUGGAGCGCCAUCUGCUGGAGCUGUCGGACGCCGAUGCCCACUUCUGGGCAAGCCAGGGCUGAGAACAGGGAGACCCAACCCCCCCACUGCACAGGGGACUCAAUACACUCAGCUUUUGUAC